UCGGACUCUUUAUGUGUUGCACACUGAACAGCUACGUCACCUCUACUCUCCACAAUGGCGGAGAAAACAGACCUGUACCGGGGGUCGUCGUUCAUGGACCCUUUAAAGGGGUUUCUGUUGACUUAUUUUAUGCCAGAAUCAUGUUACGACGAAUUCUUUCUGAACUUUAACUUUCUGGACGUACCAUGUCUGAAGAUCAUUCUGAGCAAAGGUCUGGGGAUCGGCAUCAUCCUGGGAUCAGUGAUGGUGAAGCUGCCUCAGAUCUUGAAGCUGGUUGGAGCAAAGAGCGCUGAAGGUCUGAGCUUUAACUCGGUGCUGCUGGAGCUGCUCGCCAUCACAGGAACCAUGGCGUACAGCAUCGCCAACAAGUUCCCCUUCAGUGCGUGGGGAGAGGCGCUCUUCCUCAUGCUGCAGACCGUCACCAUCGGCUUCCUCAUUCAGCACUAUGGAGGGCGAACAAAGGGAGGUCUGCUGUUCAUGGUCGUGUAUUUUGCUCUGCUGCUCCUCGUGCUCUCUCCCGUCACUCCCCCGUCCGUGGUCACCUCCAUGCAGGCCUCCAACAUGCCCGCCAUCAUCAUCGGCAGGCUGAUCCAGGCGGCCUCCAACUUCCGAAACGGGCACACCGGUCAGCUCUCGGCCAUCUCUGUGUUCCUGCUGUUUGCUGGAUCCCUCGCUCGCAUCUUCACCUCACUACAGGAAACUGGAGACACCCUGAUGGCCCUCACGUACGUCAUAUCGUCGGCCUGUAACGGCAUCAUCACUCUGCAGGUUCUCUACUACUGGAACAGCUCUCCAGAGGGCAAGAAGAAGAAGAAGAAGAAGGAGUAGAUAAAAACAAAGGACUGUAAUUGUAGAGCAACACUUUUUCUGUCCAUAUCAAACUUCAGAUUCUCAAAGAGGCGUCUGUGCAAUGUGAGAGAAUCAAUGAAAUGCAUGUAGAGAGACUGAGCCUGCUGGACAAACACAAUGUGAACAUCAGCUGUUUUUUGUUGCUGGGUCCAGUUUUCUGUUCUUACAUUCCUCCUGAUCCAGAGUUUUCUUAGUUUAAACAUCUGGGAGCAGUUUUGUGCACUGACAUGCUGAGUUUCCUCGUCCAGGUGCUCCACCUAUCAUUCUGAUGAUUUUUUUCUAAAUGGUUUUAAACUGUUUGACCGCUGAGAUUUGUUGUUUCAUUUCACAUAAACAUGAUUCCACAUGAAA